AACAAAUUCAGUCUGAAACCUUCUUCUUCCUCCUCUGAACCCAUCGCUCGCUCGCCUACCGGUGUGGGUGUGGUCUGAUGUAAUCUGAAGUUCUGAACCCCUUCGUAGCUGCCAAAUCAAACUCGGUCCCUUAGCCAUAUAGGCGGGCCAGUGCUUCCCCACUCCCGCCGUCGUCUUCUUCCCUCGCCGUCCGCCCCCACCGGGAUCUGCCGACGGAAUGGAGGCGGCAGACGACACCACUUCUCUGCAGGCCGCGAUUCGAUGGCUGCUUCACACCAUCCUUCCGAGCCUCCUCCGCAGCAAGCUCGACGGGUGGAUUCGCCAAGCUGGGCUCGGCAGCGAGAUAGAGGGGCUCAGAGACGAGAUCGAGCAAGCCGACGGGGUCGUCUCCGCCGUCAACGCCAGGUCUGAGAUCAGAAACAGGUCGCUGGCCAGAUCCCUCGCAGCCCUCAAGGAGCUGCUCUACGCCGCCGACGACGUGGUCGACGAGCUCGACUGCUACAGGCUCCACGCCCACGGAGACCCAUGGCAUUGGCACCAUCCCAACCAAAGUAACCAGCUGCCAAGUUCUUCAAGAAAUGCAACUGCUGAUAGUUCAUCCACAAGAAAAAGGAGAAGGGGAGAGGUUUCAACAUAUGUCCCCACAGCCAACACAGGCCCUUGGAACAAGGACCAAAUUUCGAAAAAGAUACAGGACAUAACGAGUCAGUUGCGAGAAAUCCGAGGGAACGUGCGACGGGUUCUCAAGAUGCUUGGGCCAGGGUCUCGUGCAGGUCCAAAUCGCUGCCAGAGUACAACCACCUCAAACCCACGCCGGGGCACAUCAAGUCUUGUUCAAGGGAAAGUGUAUGGGAGAUCUCAAGAAAAGAGUCACAUCUUAGAGUUGAUAAAAGAACGCAAAUCAGAUGCUGAGGUGACUGUUCUGCCAAUUGUAGGUGUUGCAGGAGUUGGGAAGACGACUCUGGCUCAACUUGUAUACAAUGAUUCAGAUUUGGAGAGUCAAUUUGACCUCCGGAUAUGGAUCUGGGUCUCUAGCAGCUUUGAUGAAACCAGAGUCACAAGAGAGAUGUUAGAUUUUGUCUCCCUGGGAGCACAUAAAGGGAAAUGCAGGUUUCCCAAGCUUCCGGAAGUCUUGGAGGAUCAUGUUAAAUCAAAGAGGGUUCUCCUUAUUUUGGAUGAUAUUUGGGAUGACAUCCGUGAUUGCCAAUGGAACAAUCUAUUAGCACCUUUCAAGCCUAACAAUGCAAAGGGCAGCAUGGUACUUGUGACAACUAGAAUACCGUCUGUUGCCAAAAAGAGAGGUACAACUGGACCGAUUAAAUUAGAUGGUUUGAAAAAUGGUGAUUUCUGGCAAAUGUUCAAAGCGUGUGCAUUUGGUGAUGAGAACUAUGAAGAGCAAGUUAGCCUGGGCGAGCUUGGACGGCAGAUAGCAAAAAGGUUACAGGGAAACCCAUUAGCUGCAGAAACUGCAGGGACACUGUUAAGAGAGCAUCUUACCAUUGAUCAUUGGAACAAUAUUCUAAAGAACGAAGAUUGGAAAUCUCUACAACUCAGUAAUGGCAUCAUGUCUGCUUUGAAGCUUUGCUAUGAUCAGCUGCCCUACAAUUUACAGCAAUGCUUCUCUUAUUGCUCCAUAUUCCCCUACAGUUAUCAUUUUCUUGCUGAGGAGCUGGUACGUAUGUGGAUUUCACAGGGAUUUGUGAACUGUAACCAUUCAAGUAUGAUACAGGAAGAAGGGCGGCGCUAUCUGUGUGACUUGGUAAACCUGGGUUUCUUCGAGCAAGUUGAAAGAAAAGAACUCCCUUCUGGCCAUACUCAAACUUACUAUGCUAUGUCUAUUCUUAUGCAUGAUUUGGCUAGGGUAGUUUCAAAAACUGAGUGUGCAGCUAUGGAUGGUCUGCAGUACAAUGACAUGCUACCAACUAUACAUCAUUUAUCUAUAGUAAAGGAUGGUCAGACUGCGAAUAUACUUUGUGGUACUGAGAAGUUUGAAGAAAACAUACCGAGCAUAUUAUCAUCAGUGGCAAAACUGAGGACAUUUGUUUUGAUUGGGCACUAUGAAUCUUCCUUCUUCGAAGAAGUUUUCCGAAAGGCAUAUAAUUUGCGUGUCUUGCAAAUUUGUACGACAUCUGCUGAUUUUCAAUCAUUCCAGUAUAAUUUCCUGAAUUUUAUACAUCUUCGAUGUCUAAAACUUGAUGGCCAUGUUGAGCAGAGGGGCUCGCCUCAAGUUCACUUGUAUGACGACGAUUCUGCUGUUCAGGAGAGUGCUACUUUGCUUGCCUCACAGAAGGUCCAUCUAGAGAAUGGGGGAGAAAAGCAAGUGGUUCUAUCUCUGGAAAAGCUUCCAUUCCUUACAACAUUGAAGUUAACCAACAUGUGGGGAGUAAGAGAAGUAUUGGUUCCGUCAUUGGAGGAACUGGUUUUAGUUAACAUGCCCGAAUUGGAGAGAUGUUCCUGCACUUCUGUGGGGGGUCUGGUCUCUAGUUUAAGGGUACUGGAGAUCCGGGAGUGCGAAGCACUUAAGGUGUUUGAUCUGUUCGAGAAAGCUCAGAACUCGGAAACUUUGCUACAGCUGCAUUCCUGCACUUCUCUAGAAGAUUUGAGAAUUGAAGACUGCGGAUGGAUCAACACAAUAGAGGGCCUUCACCUUGAGAAACUCAGGCAGUUGAAUGUACGCAGAAACUCAAGACUGCGUGGUAUAUUAGGAAAGGGCUAUUACCUACAGCCUCCACUGGAUUCACUUAUAAUUAAUGAGUUAUCUGUCCUUACCACGUCAAUCUGCAAGGGGCUCACCUGUCUCCAGAGCCUAAUAAUUCAAAAUUUGAAGUGCGAGGCUAGGAGACUAACAGAUGAUCAAGAGAGCGCGCUUCUGCUCCACAAGUCCCUGCAAGAGCUAGUGUUUAAUGAUUGUGGGUACCUCGUGCAUCUUCCUGCAGGACUGCAUGGUCUUCCUGCCCUCAAGAAAUUGAAGAUCAUAAGCUGUAGCAGCAUAUUAAGGCUUCUGAAGGAGGAACUCCCACCUUCGCUGGUGGAACUGGAAAUCGAUUUUUGCAGCGUUGAGUUGGCAAAACAAUGCAGAUUGCUAGCAACAAGCAAGCUAAAUGUCAUAAUUUAUGAGGACUAUGACCAAGAAGAAACCGAUACUUCCAGCAACUAGUGUAUCUGUAUCGGAUACCGUAUCCGAUACUGAUUCUUCCCGGAUACGUCCCCGAUAACUCUCAGGCUUUAGUAGUGCCGGUGGUGGGCUCCUUUUUCCGGUGCUCCCGCUCCCCUUCUCCCCACUAUCCUGUAGAAUUCUAUCUAAUGGAAGGCUGCUGAUUUCCUUCUCCUCCUCCUCCCUUUCUCUCUAACUUCACUUUUAUGUUUGGUAAGUUGCUGCUACCCUUUGGCUGUUGGUUCUUUCUUUUGUUGGAAUCAUGGAUUAGAAGAUACUCCCUCUGUACCAUAAUAUUUGUCGUUUUAGCAGCUCAACGAAUAUUAUGGUACAGAGGUAGUAGAAGAUAAUGGACUGCAAUGUCUAAAUGUAUGCUAAAUGGCUUGAUGCUUAAUUGAUAACAUAUUUUUUAUUUAAAAGAAUAGUCAAACGUAUCCCCGUAUUGGCGCUUUUCAGAAAUGACGUAUUUACAUAUCAGUAUCGGUGCAAUCUAGACUAUGACUGAAACUGGGUGGUUUGCUAGGAACACAUUACUACCUGCACAACAUAUACCAGUGUGUUGCUUUCUAAGGUAUUCUUCUGUCAUUUAUCAGGUUGGAAUUGUAAGCAGUUGUAUCAUUGUAGGCCAUCUGUGUUUCAA